UUUAUAGUGUUCAACAUUUGAUAUUAUAUUCACAACAAUUUAGCACGAAGAUGAUUUAUUUUUUAGUCAUUAUUAUUUUAUGGACAACUCCAGCAUUUUAUUAUCCUGUUGAGUGUUCAUCUUCGUAUGAAGCCGAACUUGAAAGUCUAAAGCAUAUCAAUCACGUUGAAUUUUUUAACAACGACAAUAGCAAUCUGUAUCUAGAUAACAGAUUUUCUGAUGUUGUUUUAAUUGUCGAUGGAGAACGUUUGGACGCUCAUCGUGAGAUUUUAGCCUCACGCAGUGAAUAUCUUAGAAUCUUAUUGUAUGGAGGUCUUCAAGAAUCCGAUAAGCCUGAGGUGAACAUUAGUGGUGUAUCGGUAACCUCAUUUAAAAAAAUUCUCAAGUAUAUUUAUACCAGUCGGAUGAAUUUAAGUGGUCUAAAGGUGACGUAUAAUCGAUACCGAACCCUCGUUGUACAUACACCCAAAUAUCUGCUCAAGUUCAUCGAAACUCACACUUUGGAUGUAUUGCAAUCCGAAGAUUUACUGUACAUACCGCUGGGAGUUCUUCAAGAAAUCAUCAUUCGUGACACGUUUUAUGCAAACGAAUUGGAUAUAUUCCGUGCGGUUUAUCGCUGGAUCAUAGAGAACCAAGACAUAGAUUCUGGUGCAAUAAACGAAAUGUUGUCUGCUGUUAGAUAUCCAUUAAUGAGUGAUGGAGAACUGGAUGAGGUCAGCAUAUCACAACUGGUUAGCUCGGCUACAAUUUCGGAUGCCAAAUUGUUACGAAACACUGUGCCACCACAUAUGCUUCAGUUUAGAGGACAGCAAAAUGUGAAUCUUGUUAAGGGUUCUCAAGGUGCUCUGGUUAUUGAUAAAAUUGACGGCGGUGCUAUGGUAAAGUUGGGCCAUCCAACAGUCAUAAACCAUAUGUCAAUUAUAUUUGGGGAUACAGAUUCUGGGUGA